CGCAGAGUGUCGCCGGUUCGUCACUUCCGCUCCUUAUGUAAACAAGAUGGCGGCCUCCUGCUGGCUCCGGGGGCUGCGGGGACUCCUCGCCGUCCUCCCGCAGACUGCGAGCCGCUGUAGGCUCAUCCAACAUCACCGCUCGGCAUGCUGGGUAACGGCGGGCACACAUGAUGCCACCAGGAGAAUCCUCCAGGGAGGAGGAGCAGGAGGAGGAGGAGGAGCAGGAGCAGCAGGAGGAGGAGGAGGAGCAGGAGGAGCAGGAGGAGGAGGAGGAGCAGGAGCAGCAGGAGGAGGAGGAGGAGCAGGAGGAGCAGGAGGAGGAGGAGGAGCAGGAGGAGCAGGAGGAGGAGGAGGAGCAGGAGCAGGAGGAGCAGGAGGAGGAGCAGUGCUGUGGGCAUUACUUGCGUUCUCUCUGUUCAGCAGCAGUGAUGAAGACCAGCGCGACGAAGCUCAGAGGAAGGAGGACGAUAUGAUCCUGCUGCUGAAGAAGGCCAAGCUCAGUCUGCAUCGGGGGCAGCUCCAGGCGGCUUCAGGGUUCCUCCAUCAGGCCGUGGCCCUGGCUCAUCAGACCCACAACACCCAGGCCAUCAUCUACACCUACAGCCUGAUGGCCAACCUGGCUUACGUCCAGGGUCAGCUGGACAGCGCAGAGAAGCUGUUCAAAGCAGCGAUGAGCUUCAUUCUGGCCGGAGGAACUCCUCAGGACGACAACGCUGUCAUCGAGAUGUCCCUGAAGCUCGCCACCAUCUACGCCGAGCAGAACAAGGCGGAGCUUGCAGAACACGGGUUCAGGUUCUGCACUGAGUCUCUGGAGGACAAACUGGACAAACAGCUGGAGCUGCCGGGAGACCAGAGGACAGAGGAAGAGGAAGCUCUGAGGAAGGACACCAGACUCCUACUCGGUCUCUGCCUCGACUCACGAGCUCGAUACCGAGCAGCAAAGCUGCACCUGAAGGAGGCAGCACAGGACUACAAGGACGCCCUGGACAUCUGCCUCCAGGAGCAGGGAGAGACACACCCACAGACUCUGGUGCUGAUGAGCGACCUGGCCACCAUCUUGGAUCUGCAGGGGCGCCAUGACGAGGCUUUGGUCCUGAUCCAGAGGGCGGUGGAUCUGAGCCGCUCCUCCGGACACCCGGACCAGCACGUCCUGCUGGGGAACAUGGCCGGCAUCCUGCUGCACUCAGGACGGAUGGAGGACUCUGUCCGGUUCUACCAGGAGGCUCUAGGUCUUGCUCGGGAGGCCAGAGACCAGGAGGCCAUGGAUCGGAUCCAGGAGGGGCUGAAGGAGGUGAAGAAGAGGAGGGAGGAGAGGAAGGAGGAUGAAGAUGGAUCAAGCUGAGGACUGGGUCUGGGUCCUUCAGCGUUUGUCUUCAGAGAGACAUGUCCAUAGGGAAACCAGAGACUCACUACCAACAUCAGAACCAGCAUCCUGUCUGGGAGACUCAGAGGGCCGUCCACCGUGUCCCCCUCGUGUCCCCUCAUGUCCCAAAGUGUCCCAAAGUGUCCCCUCAUGUCCAGGACUUUCUCCGUUCUCUAAAGGAGACAAAUAAUAAAAAAUAAAAGACUGAAAACUGAA